AUGUUUGUGGAAUGCGCAGUGAGUGCUCUUGGGGAUGUGAACUGGUUACCUGAAUCAUUUGACUGCCUGCAAAUUCCGCCAGAGAACAAGACACUUCUCUUAUCAAUGGCGAAAACCCGCUUGGGUUUGAUACCGACAGUACCCUUUGACGACUUAAUUGACGGAAAAGGUCAAGGACUCAACAUUCUUUUGGAUGGCCCACCGGGCGUUGGAAAGACAUUCACUGUUGAAGCAACAUCGGAAUAUUUCAAGCUACCUCUUUAUUCGAUAUCUGCAGGCGAGCUCGUCGUCGACCACGGAGAUUCUAAUGCGUUUGAACAACAACUUGAGACUAUAUUCAAGAUCGCUCAUCACUUCAAAGCCGUGUUCCUCUCGGACGAGGCAGAUGCAUUUAUUGAGCAGCGUACAUCUUAUCACGGUGCUCACAAUCGACUGGUGACUGUUUUCCUCCGAAAGCUGGAAUAUUAUCAAGGCAUUUUGUCCUUGACUUCAAAUCGGGGUAUUCAAUUUGAUGAUGCAAUCCUCAGUCGGAUCCAUCUAAUCAUCAAGUAUCAAGGCUUGAGUAGGGAAUGUCGUAGGGAUGUCUGGUCAACUUUUCUGACCAGGGCACAUACAGUUCAAGGGUCUGCCAAGAUCGAGGAGCACGACCUUCGGCGGUUGGGGGCUUUACAUCUCAAUGGACGAGAGGUGGGUUCCGGAGCGCUGUCGUACACUUCUUGUUUGCUGACUGAAAUCGAUAAGAUCCAAAACAUCGUAGCAAUUGCACAUGCUCUCGCUGAGGCGAAUGCCAGCCAAGUGAACUAUAAAUACCUUGAGUUAGCCGCCGGCUCGCGUCAGGAAUUUUCGAAGGAGUUUGGCAGACAGGAAAUGUAUAUCUAG